UCCGCCCCGCCCGCAGGCUGGGUAGAUCUUUCGCAGCUGCUGGCUGCUCGCGUCUCGCCCCGCGCCGGCUGUUUUCCAUUUGCAGGCCGCUGUUACUGAGCGCGCUCCCCUCCAUCUGGGGAGAGGGGCUGGAAGAGGGCGGUGCGGCGUCUGCAAGAGCGGCAGGACCUCGGGGCGGAGGAGAAGGAGCCCGCGCCGCCCUCUCUGGUCACCCCCGCCCCGCGCACUCCCCGCGGCCAGCCACUCUCGGACGCGGACAGCGAGCGGGCCCGGGGACAGCCCGGCCGGGGACAGCGCCAGCCGGGCAGCCCGGCCCGAGGAUGGCCUCCACCACCACCUGCACCCGGUUCACGGACGAGUACCAGCUCUUCGAGGAGCUCGGAAAGGGCGCUUUCUCAGUGGUGAGAAGAUGUGUGAAAAUCCCUACUGGACAAGAGUAUGCUGCAAAAAUCAUUAACACCAAGAAGCUCUCUGCCAGGGAUCAUCAGAAGCUGGAAAGGGAAGCUAGAAUCUGCCGUCUCCUGAAGCACCCCAAUAUUGUGCGACUUCAUGACAGCAUAUCGGAAGAGGGCUUCCAUUACUUGGUGUUUGAUCUAGUUACUGGAGGAGAGCUGUUUGAAGACAUAGUGGCGAGAGAAUAUUACAGUGAAGCCGACGCCAGUCAUUGUAUUCAGCAGAUUCUAGAAAGUGUAAAUCAUUGUCACCUAAAUGGCAUAGUUCACAGGGACCUGAAGCCUGAGAAUUUGCUUUUAGCUAGCAAGUCCAAGGGAGCGGCCGUGAAACUGGCAGACUUCGGCUUGGCCAUUGAAGUUCAAGGGGAUCAGCAGGCGUGGUUUGGUUUCGCCGGCACACCUGGGUACCUCUCUCCAGAAGUCUUACGUAAAGACCCUUAUGGAAAGCCAGUGGACAUGUGGGCGUGUGGUGUCAUUCUCUACAUCCUGUUGGUGGGGUACCCGCCCUUCUGGGAUGAGGACCAGCACAGACUCUACCAGCAGAUCAAGGCCGGAGCCUAUGACUUUCCGUCACCAGAGUGGGACACAGUGACUUCCAAGCCAAAGAUCCUCAUCAACAAAAUGCUCACUAUCAACCCUGCGAAGCGCAUCACAGCCUCUGAAGCUCUGAAACACCCAUGGAUCUGUCAACGGUCCACGGUGGCCUCCAUGAUGCAUAGACAGGAGACGGUCGACUGCUUGAAGAAGUUCAACGCCAGGAGAAAGCUGAAGGGUGCCAUCUUGACAACCAUGCUGGCCACCAGGAACUUCUCAGCAGCCAAGAGUUUGCUGAAGAAACCAGAUGGAGUAAAGAUAAACAACAAAGCCAACGUGGUAACUAGCCCCAAAGAGACCGCCCCUCCCCCGGCGCUGGAACCCCAAACUACUGUUAUCCACAACCCUGAUGGAAACAAGGAGUCAACUGAGAGUUCCAACACGACAAUUGAGGACGAAGAUGUAAAAGCGCGGAAGCAGGAGAUCAUCAAGGUCACUGAGCAGCUGAUCGAAGCCAUCAACAGCGGGGAUUUCGAGGCGUACACAAAAAUCUGUGACCCAGGCCUAACUGCUUUUGAACCUGAAGCUUUGGGCAAUCUAGUGGAAGGGAUGGACUUUCAUCGAUUCUACUUUGAAAAUGCUUUGUCCAAGAGCAGUAAGCCGAUCCACACCAUCAUCCUGAAUCCCCACGUCCACCUGGUGGGGGACGAUGCCGCCUGCAUCGCAUACAUCCGGCUCACGCAGUACAUGGAUGGCAGCGGGAUGCCAAAGACCAUGCAGUCAGAAGAGACACGCGUGUGGCACCGCCGGGACGGCAAGUGGCAGAACGUCCACUUUCAUCGCUCGGGGUCGCCAACCGUCCCCAUCAACUAAAUGAGGACAGUGCCACUUCAGCAUCGCGUCUCCAGGCGUCUGGACGGGAACCUGGGCCCCCCUCUUCAUGCCUGUGUGAGUGCAUGAAGGCGUGAAGGUCCAGUGUGUGCAUAUGUGACGCCGCGUCUUGUCAUCUGUUCCUUCUGUACAUCGUUUACACUUCGGCUGUGGGGGUGUUCCAUGCAAACAAAGGGGGGCCAGACAAAAAUUCCACCCUACUCCAAGUACAACCUGUUCGUCAAGUUUCUUUUUGCCAAGAUUUAACAGACUUCACCAUUACUGUUCUCCCAAGGACGGUUUGUAAGAGCAAUGUAACUUUUUAAAAACUCUUUGAUGUUAACCUGUUUUUGCUUGUUUAACAAAAAAGGGCAAAAACUACCUUCAGUUUCCUGGUGUGAUCGUGGUUGAAAUGGGUGGUUUUUCACUGAAAGCUUUGUUGCUGUUCAACAGUGGAAGAGGGUGCACGUGGCUGCGGAAGCGAAAUCGGGUGGUUCGCUGCCAUGUGACAUCCUGUGGAUCGGCCAGGCUGUGAACUGAAUCGGUCAGGUCAUUGCCGCGUUUGUCACUCUGCUGUGCUGGCAGCGCUCUGCUGAAUUCGCUGGGUUGAAAUUUUUAUUCCUUUCUCAAAUCUGCUGUUUUCUUCAUUUUAUCCUGUUCCUUCCCUUUUUGCCUGUUCUCUACUUUUUUCCUUUUGUCUAGUAGUGUGUGAGAAGAGUGAAAUCUGCAUAAUGAAGGUAAAGUAAAAACCAAGGCCUUUCAGAGGGAGCCAGCCUGCAGUUUCGAUCGUCUUCAGAGCCCACAAAAAUGGUGUCAAAACUUGAAAGGUUUUCAGUUGGCUGAAGCCCAAGCUUGGCCACCAGGCUCUAGCCCGGGGGGCGUUAGGGCUGUGUGACCGGGCCAAGGACUGCGGGGGUGACCACCGUGUGCGCGUCCCCGCGGCUGGUUUUCUGAAGUUCGACAGGCCGCCAGCUUUUCCAUUCUCAUACGUGCUUUGAACUUGGUCGUUGCGACUUGUGCUUUUUUAGCUUCUCUUUUUGUCAGAGUAUACAUCUUCCUGCAAGGAGUUAGGAUGCUCCAGUUUCAAAAAUAAGACAAGGGAACGCUCCCAUUUUCUCUGUGCUGCUCGCUCCCUGUAGUGCAUGGACCCUCCCCCAGCGUUAUUUUGACAGUAACCGUAGAGAUUCGCAACCUCAGAAGCCUGUCCGUAAAGCAAAAAACAAAAACAGCAAAAACAGCCCUCUUUUCUCUCAUUUCACCCUUCUGUGUUGAUUACUAAUCGCCUUAGAUAUUGUUGCUAGUGGAUGUAUGGUAGAUGGAUUGAAGCUUUUCUGAUAAUUAUUACACAAUUUAAAACAAUAUAUAUAUUUAAAAUAAAUAAAUACAGUAAAUGUAUUGAGCCAUGUUAACCUGCCAAUGAGAUCUGUGAAGUAAUGGCCUCAUUUUCCCUUUUUACUUUCUGUUACCUUUUUGUGAAACAGCUAUACGUGGCAUACAUGUAUUUUUAAAACAUAAGUAUGAAGUGGGGUUUUUUUUACACUUUUAACGUAGCACGUGGUGUUGAUGUUUCACCGUAGUUCACAUUGUCUCCAUAGGACGCCAGGAAAUUGUGCUUUGUUCGCCACCACGAUCGGGUUUCACAUUUAUUACCUUCUAUCAUUUUGAAACACUGCAAUUUACCAUGGGACACUGUAUAUAUUUCUUGCCAUAAUGGUAAAUGACUGAUUGAUAUAUUUAAGAGUUAAUAAAUUUGUGAUUUCUGC